AUGGCGAAUCCAGAACAGGGAAAUCAAACGUCCAUCACAGAAUUCAUCCUCCUAGGAUUCGGCACUCUCCCUGAACUUCGGAUCCUUUUCCUGGUGUUUCUCAUGAUCUACAUUGCAACCAUGGCCAUUAACCUCCUCAUCGUGGCGCUAGUUGUGGCUGAUCAGAACCUUCACACCCCCAUGUACUUCUUCCUGGGGAACUUGUCCUGCCUGGAGACCUGCUACACCUCCACCCUCCUGCCCAGGAUGCUGGUCAGUCUCCUGACUGAGGACAGGACUGUUUCAUUUAGUGGGUGUCUCUCACAGUAUUAUUUCUUUGGUUCUAUGGCUGCCACAGAAUGCCUUCUCUUAGCUGUGAUGUCUUAUGAUCGGUAUUUAGCCAUCCACAAACCGCUUCACUAUGCAGCCUGUAUGAGAGGCAGGUCUUGCCUCCAGCUUGCAGGUGGCACUUGGAUAGGUGGCUUCCUAGCUAAUAGUAUAACAACAUUGUCAAUGUCACAGUUAACUUUCUGUGGCCCCAAUGGUAUUGACCAUUUCUUUUGUGAUCUUAUCCCCCUUGUAAAACUCUCCUGCAAUGAUCCUCAGGUGAUGGAAAUGUUGGCUUUCACUCUCUGCUUGAUUUUCACACUGGUCCCAUUCCUACUUACCUUGAUGUCCUACAGCUGCAUCAUUGUGACAAUCCUAAGAAUCCCUUCCACCACAGGGAGGCAAAGGGCCUUUUCCACCUGCUCCUCCCACCUCAUUGUGGUGACCAUUUAUUAUGGAACUCUACUGAUUGCCUAUAUGUUCCCAGCAACCAACACACUGAGAGACUUCAAGAAAGUUCUCUCUGUCAUUUACACUGUCCUGACUCCCCUGAUCAAUCCACUCAUCUACAGCCUGAGAAACAAAGAGGUCAAGGAGGCCCUGAGGAAAGCUCUCAGGAAAUGCAGGGUUGGACAACGCUAG